GCAGCAUGUGAAUAAAUCAUCCUCUGCUGAGAUCAGCUGUCGGGGGGCAAAGUUUAACACGUUGUCUAUGAGCCGGUAUGAUCGCAUUGUCACCUUCUCCAUCCGCAGCACAUUGAAGCCCAUAGAAAUGACCAAAAAUGGGAAGACGUGGAGUGGCUCUUACUGAUUGUGAGCCCCUUCUGAAUGGAAAGUCUGCAGCCACAUUGUGUGAGCGGGGGAAGCGAGGCUUCAGGUUUCCUAUAUUGUUUCUCUUACAAAUGGUAAUCGUUUCCUGACAGAAUCGGCGCGCUCUCACAAUUGUUUUAUCUCUUCCCAUUUGCAUGAGCCGUAACCGUGGUCUGGAGCCGUCACCGUGGUCUGGAGGGCAUCAGAUGAGCUCAUAGAGAAUGAGAGAGAACUGGUCUAACUAGUAUGUGAGGCUGGUCGCCUCCUCCGGGCUUACUGCCUGUCUUCCUGCGCUCUGCCUUACAUGCUCAAGUCCUUAGACCCGUGCACCAUGCGUCAUCUGACCGGGAGAGGGGUCACAAGGCUGUCCUCUUCUCCCCUAAGAACAAGCCCGUCCUGGUCCAUCGCCGUGUCCGCAGCGGGGUCCCUGUGAGGUCUUAAUUCUGGAAAGAUCAUUUACUGUAUAUUCUGUGGAAACUUGAACAGCAAAUCUGAGGAAAAUGGCGACCGACUCUGGAGAACCAGCAAGCACCGAUGAGUCGGACAAACCAGCUGGAUUUUCUGCAGAAAAAAAUCUCGCCCCUCAGGACUCUUCUCUGGUCCGGCAUGUCAGCCUGGAAGACGGCGAGAAACCUCUCUCCGCUUCAGGGACUAGCGAGCGGAAGCGAUUUUUCAGAAAGAGCGUCGACAUUACUGAAGAUGACACAAUGUUGGAGCAACCCAUCAAAGAGGAGAAGGUCGCCAACUGUGAGGGCAAGCCUCAACAGGACCACCCCAUGGUGAAUGCCGUUGGAGUAGGUCAGGAUGAUAAGCACGAACCAAAAGUGGUAUUGGAUGCCAGCAAGGACUCCCCUAGAGAGAAAACAGAGAAGGAAAUGGAGGAAGAGGCUGAAAUGAAGGCCGUGGCGACGUCCCCCGGUGGCCGAUUUUUGAAGUUUGACAUUGAGUUGGGCCGUGGGGCUUUUAAGACAGUCUUUAAAGGGUUGGACACUGAGACUUGGGUAGAAGUUGCUUGGUGCGAGCUGCAGGACCGGAAACUAACCAAAGCAGAGCAGCAGCGAUUCAAAGAAGAAGCCGAGAUGUUAAAGGGGCUCCAGCAUCCGAACAUUGUGCGUUUUUAUGAUUCCUGGGAAUCCUCACUGAAGGGAAGGAAAUGCAUAGUCUUAGUGACGGAGCUGAUGACGUCUGGCACUUUAAAAACAUACUUGAAACGAUUCAAAGUAAUGAAGCCCAAAGUAUUAAGAAGCUGGUGUAGGCAAAUCUUGAAAGGGCUGCAAUUCCUCCACACCCGGACUCCCCCUAUAAUCCACCGCGACCUGAAAUGUGACAACAUCUUCAUCACGGGGCCCACUGGUUCUGUGAAGAUCGGAGACCUUGGUCUGGCCACAUUGAUGCGGACGUCCUUUGCAAAGAGUGUGAUUGGAACCCCAGAAUUCAUGGCCCCAGAAAUGUAUGAGGAGCAUUACGACGAAUCUGUGGAUGUCUAUGCAUUUGGCAUGUGCAUGCUGGAAAUGGCUACCUCAGAAUAUCCGUACUCUGAAUGCCAGAACGCAGCUCAGAUCUACCGCAAAGUAACCAGUGGUAUUAAGCCUGCCAGUUUUAACAAAGUGUCUGACCCGGAGGUAAAGGAAAUUAUAGAGAGCUGCAUACAGCAGAAUAAGACCGAAAGAUUAUCUGUUAAGGAGCUCUUAAACCACGCGUUCUUUGCCGAAGAUACUGGGCUACGGGUCGAAUUAGCAGAGGACGAUGAUGGCACCAAUGCUUCUCUAGCUUUAAGACUCUGGGUAGAAGAUCCUAAAAAGCUCAAAGGAAAACACAAAGACAAUGAAGCUCUAGAAUUCAGCUUUAACUUGGACCUAGACAAUCCAGACGAAGUGGCUUAUGAAAUGGUAAAAUCUGGGUUUUUCCAUGAAAGUGACAGCAAGGCCGUUUCAAAAUCCAUACGUGAUAGAGUUUCCCUAAUCAAGAAGACAAGGGAAAGGAAGAUCCUGGCUGAUCACAUAGAGGAGCGCCGGGAUUCACAGAGCAAAGCUGUUGGGGCGCUGGUAACGCAGACGAGCACCCCCGUUCCUGCUGGUGCAUCACAGGCAGCAGUGAAUGAGAGUGAGGAGACGGAGGUGGAUCAGCAUGUGCGCCAGCAACUCCAGCAGCAGCAAUAUCAGCAGUGCUCGUCUGUUACAGCUGAUAGCUUGUGUGAUGUAGGCGGAGGGUCUAUCACGCUGUCGGAUGCUUCUAGCCAGCACAGCGCCAUCUAUGCUACAUCCCACGAAGCAAUAACCAUGCCGCAAGUCCCGGGCAUGCCUCACACGGAGCCUAGUCACAUGGUGCAGUUCUAUCCGCCGCAGCAUGUCAUGGGACACUAUCAGCAGACGCAAGCGAUGCCCAUGGCACAGAUGUUGCCUGUGCAGUGCAUGCCUCAGCCGUGCUCCCCAUACCAACAGUUACCAGUGGUGGACGGACAGCUGAAUGCACAGUCUGUGGACACACAAAUGGCAUUUGCAGCAGAAGGGAAAACUCUUCCUCAUUCCAACACACUAGACACUUCGGUAUUGCAACCCGCAAUGUCUGCAUUAUCGCCUCAAAUAAUGUCUUCACAAAUGGCAACUCAGCAGACAAGGGCUGGCCUUCCACUCGAUGUUUGCGGCUCAACAGGUGUGCAAGUUCCGACAGAUAUACAAGUUCCGACACUCCUCCCUGUAUGCCAUCCUACUGUGCUAAAUCAGUAUGGUCUACAGAAUGUGAUGCAUCAGACCCAACAUGUAACGGGGGUCCAGGGUAACGUUCAGCAACAUCAAGUGGCUGCGGUGCAGCAGCCGAUGCCUUCUCAAGACCAUUUGGCGUACUCCUCAAGUUUACAGCAAGGACAGAACUUUAACAUGCAGCCACACCUAGAGCAGCUGCAGAGCUCCAACUCUCAGAUGUCGUACCAAAGUCCAUUGAUGCAACAGCCCAUUGUGGAACCAACUCCGAAAAUAAUACACUCCACUGCUGUCGGACAGGAAACUGUUGUGCAGCAAGUGCAAACUGAACAUCCACAUGAGGUAGAACAUUUGCCAUUCCCAGCUCCAAUAUCCACUUUCCCUGAUGCUACUGGACACACACAGCUGAUUUUGACUUCAUCUAUACACGAGCAGCUUCCAAAUAACCAGCACCCACUGUCACAAAUACCUGUGCAGCAGCCGUCCUGCGUUCAGACACUGCACAUGGCCAAACCUUCUGUGGUUGAACAGCCAGUGUUUCCUCCACUUGUAGGAGCACCUUCAGAGCAGUUUCCCACCCAUCCUGCAGAGCAGCCUCUUUACAUCCAGAUUCCUCCUAUGGAAAUGUAUGGUCAGCCACCUGUUGUGGCCACAGAACAGGCUCUUAUUGCUCAGAAACCAGCUGCACCAUCCGAGCAGGCUCCUUUUGUGCAUCAAACCGGAGUCUUGCCCGAGCAGCUGAUUUACAACCCGCAAAUUAUGCAAUCUGCAGACCAGAUACAUUACUUACAGCAAAAUAUACCUAUGCCCGACCAGUUCGCUCAUGCCCAGCAGGCUGUUUAUCCACCACAGUCUUUGCUGCCUGAAAAGGCUACAUCCGCAGAGCAGCUUAUGUAUGUACUACAGGCAACAUCGACUGAGAAUCCAGUAUAUAUCCAGCAAACGUCAUCCGCUGAGCAGCCAGUGUAUUCUCAAUCAUCCUCUGAACAGAAUAUGUAUGCCCAGCAAUCCGUACCGCAAGCCCAAAAUCUUGGGUAUGUCCAGCAAGUUGUUCAUCCAGCUGAGCAGCCUGUGUAUGCGCAGCAAACUGUACCUCCACCAGAGCAUGCUGCGUAUUCUCAGCAAGUCAAUGCUCCAGCUGAGAAACCGUUGUAUGCCCAAACAGUAUAUGCCCAGCAAAGCUUGCCGCUAAAUGUUGAACAGCCGCCAGUGUGUUCCCAGCAAAGCGUGACCCUGCCUGAACUGCAACUGCAAUAUGGCAAACAAUCUGGGCUCCAACCAGAGUUGCAAACGGUAUAUACCCAGCCAGCUGUACCCCCAUCCGUAGAGCAGCAGCCUGUCUACGCCCAGCAUGCUAUACCACAAGCUGAGAAACAGCCUGUGUAUGUUCAGCAUGCCGCACCACCAACUGAACAGCCCAUGUAUAGUCAGCAUUUAAUGCCUACGGCUGACCAGCCUGUAUAUGUUCAGCCGGUGUGUACCCAGCAUGUGAUGCCACCAUUGGAGCAGCCUGUGUGUGCACAACAUAUAGCGCCCCCAAUAGAGCAACCUCUAUGUACACAGCAUGCAGGACCUCCAACUGAGCAGCCUGCUUAUGCCCAGCAUGUGGUACAACCAUCUGAACAGCCAGUUCAUGUGAUGCCACAGUCUGAGCAGCCUGCAUAUGCACAGCAUGCAGUGGCGCCUUCGGACCAGCCAGUAUAUGCCCAGAAAGCCGACAUAUAUGCAGAUCAGCUCAUGUAUAACCAUGAGCACGUCCCUCCUAGUGAACAUCCAUAUAGCCAGCAAGCUGUGCCAUCUUCUGACAGUCCAGCUUAUGUCCAGUCAUCUGUUGGCCCUUCCCCUCUAGAGGUUUAUACCCAGAAUCUAACUCCUUCAGUUGAUAAGCAAGGAUAUCCUCACCCUGCACCUCAACCUCUGCUUAAUAAACACCUAGUCACUGCUGUGGACCAGCUGGCCUUUACACAACAUGGGGCUGAGCAACAUACACAUAGACCCGUCUCACCGGCAGUCCUAACAAUGGACCAGGCGUAUAUACAGCAGACUUCUACUCCUGCCGAUCAAAAACUGUAUGCCCAGCAGACUGGUGCUCAGUCUCAUCCAGUCAUAUAUAGUUCUCAACCCGUAUAUGCAGCAAUGCAGCAUGCCCCUCCCGUUUCAGAAAAUACAGUGCUGUACGGCCAUGCCACCCCAUCUUCUGUGCAUGGGCACUUGCCGCCUUCGGAUAUGCAGGCCUAUGCUCAGAAUUCAAUACCUUCUUCAGAAAUCCUGGCGCACGCCAUGCAUACAUUAACAGCUGCAGAAACGCAGGGUUAUGCUGCGCAUGUAAUACCAUCACACCUUCAGCUGCAGAAAACUGGGACCCCUCCGCAAGAUCACAGACCUGAAGGCCAGGAGGAAAAUGCCAUUUAUUUACAGCAGUCUGUACAGUCUCCAGAUAAACCAGGCUUAUUGGUUCAGUCGAAUGUCGAACAGCAAGCUGUUCCAUUUUGCUAUUCACAAGCUGGAGUCCUUCCUUCCGAACAGGAUUUAAGCUGCCAAUCGCAGCAGAAUGGCCAUCAAAGUAAUCAAAGUGUUCAAGCACAAGCUUCUCUUCCCACCCAAGAAACUUAUCUGCAGUCACAGCAUCCCCCCGGGCAAGCAUACGAGCCACAGAUGAUGGACAAUGUGCAGUUAAUGGCCGGAAUGCUUCCUGCAUUUCACAACAAGGACGCUUUGCACCAGGUUUCUUCAAAUCAAGUUCAUUCUGCUUUAGAGCAGCCAACGCCACAUCUCCAACCUGACAACCAUGAAGCAUCACAACAGCCUGGCUACCUGAAUCCUGUGUUGCAGCAGUCGUCCCUGAUAUCAGCCAGUACCGAGACUGUUAUUCCUCAGGAUGCGUACCAGCUUCCUGCUCAAACCCAUCAGCCAGAUGUCAAGUACCAGCAGGCACAUCCGGCAGAACUCUCUGGUGUUCAGAACGUCGACCCUGUUCAACACGCCCAGGCUGACUAUCCCAGGGACAGCACUGCCAUUGCUGAUGGACCCAUUGGAAAUGGCAAGCAUGAAAAGAUGAAGCAACGGCGGGCUUCUUGCCCCAGGCCGGAUAAAAUGACUCACUUCAAUCUGUCCUUCCUAGGGGUCUCAAAUUUUGGCGAUAACAUGGUGGAGUGCCAACUGGAGACUCACAACAACAAGAUGGUCACCUUUAAAUUUGAUGCAGACGGCGAUGCCCCAGAGGACAUUGCCCUUUAUAUGGUUGAAGACGACUUUGUACUGGAAGCUGAGAAAGAAAAAUUUGUGGAGGAGCUGAAGCUGAUUGUAACCCAAGCCCAGGAGAUACUGCGCAGUGUUCCAGCGGAAGGGCGGGCUGAACUUGCCCCAUCAGAGUCAACCAGCCAAACGGGAUCUUCUGAGCAUGUGCAAGUGGCAGCUCCGCCAUCUGCCCCAACUGGAGGGGACUCGAUGCCACAGUCGUCACCCGUAGGUCGAUGGAGGCUUUUCAUCAACCAGACGAUUAGAAACCGUGAAGCCCACUCUUUUGUCACCCAGACUGCAGUGACCAGAGUUCCUCAGCAAGCUACAGGACCACAUAAUGAAGCCAGGCGCAGUCUUCCUGAUGAUCUCUCUAGUGCUAAGCAAAGCUGCCCCUUUCAGACUGGGCACAUUAUGCUCUCUACAUCCUCCGACGGCCAGGUUUCUUCCAAAGAAGCUGCUCCUCUGGUAGUUACCACUCGCGUGGUAAAUGGUAAUGACGUCCUGUCCUCUACGGUCAAUAACAGUAGCUCAGUAGCAGGGCAGAUUCAGAAAGAGCCUGAAGUCUAUGGCAAUAAUAUAGCUGUGGUGACAGAAGCUCAGCAUCCAGCCGUUCACGGUGGUAUUGGUCAGGAUGCGCAAGUGGCAGACGGUGGUGCUUACACAGCGGAGUCCGUUGUGCAGCCCCCUUCUGGUCCCAUGGCUGCUCAGAACCCCUCGGGUAUGUCUCUUGGGCCUUUAAAGUCAGACAGUUUUGGACCUUCAGAAACUCCUUACUAUCCGCAGACGCCCGUCUCUGAAGCGUCACUUGUGCAUUCUGCUUCAGUUGUGGAGUCUGACAAUGAAGGUCCACCCAAAAUCGAAUAUUCUGAUAACUGCAUCAAAACCCUUGAUGAAAAAUUGAGAAACCUGUUGUAUCAAGACAGCUCUGCCAGCUCUUAUGCCGACAGCCAGAAGGAGACGCAGAGUACAGAGUCCCCCCUUUCAUCUUCUGCUGAGGAUACCCUGUCUUGUCCUGCCCCUGAAGCCGCCAGUGUGGAUGCCACCAGUGUUCAGGCCACUCCGGAGCAGACAGAGCCUGUUCAUCCCCUGCCAGUCAAAGCUGCUGAAGCGGUCGUUGCAGUUCCCGAUGUGUUAACGCCAUCUGAAAGCUCUGAAGACGCCUGGCACCCUGGAAUUUCUUCUCAUUCCUGCACCAAACGCUCUAUGGGCGCCGGAGCCUCGCAUCUACAGACAGGAGCUGACGAUGACGGCGUGAGACGAGAGGUACCCGACGCUGCACAGAGGGUGGUAGAAGCACUGGCCGAAUGUGCCUUGUCUGAGGGAACCUCAACUGGAACCAGUGCCUUCAAACGUGGACGUUUUCAGGUUGUGACAGUUCCACAACAAGAGCAGUCAGUUGCCGCCAAAUCUCCCAGUAUUCCCUCCAAUUCCCUGCCGUCAGAGAAAACCAUUUCUGCAGAAGAGAUGGAGUCUGCCGCCACUAGAGCUGUGGAGACGCCGCAGUCUGCCAGCACAGCUUGUGAGACAGAUACAUCUUCUCUUACCCCUGAUCGGGAGCUGGAAGAAACCUCCGUCACAUGCAGCAGCGCCCCAUCUAGCUCAGCACUGUGGAUGAAAGAAAUCAAGAAGGAAAGCUUUACAAAGCAGCCUAGUAGUGACUCGGAAAUGUCUGCAGCUCCGGGUAAAGCCCAGGAGACUGGACAGAAUUGCCUGGGAGAAAAGGCCUUCACCCAAAAGCAGAACUCCCUUCUCUACUCUCCAUCUUCUCCCAUGAGCAGUGACGAUGAGUCAGAAUUAGAGGAUGAGGAUUUAAAGGUGGAACUGCAGAAACUUCGGGAAAAGCACAUUCAGGAGGUGGUGAGCUUACAGGCCCAGCAGAACCGAGAGCUACAAGAAGUAUAUGCACGCUUGUGGGCUUUAAGGGAUAACAAAGCACAGACCUCUGACAAUCCUUCCCAGCCAAUGUCCCCACGUCGUCCCAGGUCUCUGAAGAGUAAGCAGCGCAGCAGGCCACCGUCCAUGACCCACAUGGAUAAUGGGAUCGGACAUUCAGAUCAGCAGUGUAGUGAGAGUAACUCGGAUGCCUGCCAGCAGUCGACCUCUGAGAAGAAGAGCCUGUUCACUGACGAUCUGCAUAAGCUGGUGGAUGACUGGGCAAAGGACAAUGCAGGCAACAUGCAUCAAAAACCUAGCCUGAAUCAGAUCAAACUGAACCAGAACCGCCCAGAGGCAGAUGGUUGGAGUCGGGGUCAUGAGGCUUCAUCGGUCACAUUAAACUUCACGUCCACCUGGGCCCCCCCUUUGUCACAGAUUCAUGGGACUGUUCCGGCUGCUAUCUCUCCGUCACUCGUUCCCAAUUUUACAUCCAGUGGCAUUUCAUCCUACCCAAUACCGCAUGCCUGCCAGCUCAAUGCAAUGGGCCCCGCAGGCUACCCUGUACAGUGGCCUAGCCAAGCGCCAAGCCUUCCUGCACAGCACCUUGCAGCAGCAUACCAGCCUGGAAUCGGAAUGCAAGCAUUUCCCUCCGCUACAGCUCAGAAAGCUGCUACAAUUCCAACCUCCCCCAAAUGAUCCCUUUAAAAGACUGUAGAACUUUCUCUGGGAUUUCCCUGCCUUCCUGUACAGCAGACUUCAUCGGACCCCCACUCGCCGUUUCUUUGGUUGUUUUACCUCUUUGGUUGGUUGUGAUACAAAGGGUGUGCUGUUAUUUCCUCUCUCCCGUUAACGGGGGAUAUUCCCCCCCCCUCCUUUUCUACGUGCUGUGUUGUGUGAAUUGGGUUUGAACGUACCCUCGUUGCUCCACCUAGUCAUCCUGCAAUGUGAUUUCACUUUUUACUUUGACAAACCUUUCGAGGCCACUCCUGGUGCCAUACAGGUGAACGAAUGUGUCCCAGCCUUCAAAAGAAACUGCAGCAAAGCAAAGUACUGAGCGAGAGGCAUGGGAAAUAUUAUUCACGCAGCUCAUAUUCUGCCAUCACCUCCCGAGCCUUUGUACAAGGUUACACAGCACAACAAUGUCUCCUUUCUACUAGAAAAUCCUCUUUUGGCUUCUUGGGGGCUCCCCAUGUUUGUUUGGAGGGUGGUCAACGACCUCCCUGGAAAUCUUAGUUGUUUUUUUUUUUUUGUUGUAUUCAGUGAUUCCAUUUCAGAAUCUCCUAAAACAGAAGCUUCCUACACCAGCUCCGGAAUAAUGUGAAUUGAUAAUGCUGUUGUGCAUUUUGGAUGCUUUCUACCCAGGCAAGCGGUACAGUCUCCGACGUCCAUCGGCGGCAACAAGCUUUAUUGGCUCCAGAGCAGGGUCACUCGGUUUCUUUAAUUGCUCUGGAGCACAAUGUCUCUCUGGCUUCACCUGCAUGCAUUUAAAGCCCCCCAUUUCCCCCCCUCUCCCGGUACCUCCUGAUAACAUAGAGGCCUUCUAGCUUCUGUCUUUCGCACAACUGCUGCUUCUGCUUUGCCUGCAGACUCUUGCUGUGCCUUGGGGGGAAUAUUGUACAGUCUGCCGUCUCUUGAAUUUGAUGACCUGCCAUUUUAGACCCCGCAGCGUACAGGCCGAAGGCACUUCAAGUUCAGCUAGUUUGUAGAUACAUUUUUGUACUAAAAAAAAAACUGUACUGUUUUUUUUUUUGUUUUUUUUUUUCCAUUUCCCAUUUUUUUUUAUUACUUUAAUGAGGGCUUAAUGUGAAUGAGGUUUAAUAUUGUUGCAGAAAAAUACUCUAUAAACCCAGUGCUUGGGAGCGAGAAGGUAGGAGAAAAGGUGCAUUAAGAAUUCGGAAAGAUACCGGUCGGUGUGCCUGCCGUGGAACUUAGGCUGUGGUGUUGGUAGGGACCCCCCGCCUUCAUGGGGUAGGCAUCUGUUCAUCUCAAUGGAUUCUCUAGGUCCUCUAAAGCAGAGAGCCAUGCUAAUUAAAUGUAUGUUGUGGUAACAAGAGGUUAUCCCUAUUCACGAGGUAGGGAAUAAUUAUUAGAGAUUGGUGGGGGUCCGACCACUGGGAUCACAAGAACAGCGGUGCCGUACCCCCAGUUGGAAUGGAGCAAUGGUUGAGCAUGUGUAUCGUGACUCCAUUUAAACUGCCGGAUAUAGCUGAGCCGUGGUAGGUGUGCUUGACCAUCGCUCUAUUGCCGCCUAUGUUAUCCCAUAGCCCCUUUUAGAUCAGUGGGACCCCCACCGAUCGAACAGUUAUCCCCUAUACAGCGCUUAAAGAAUAACUUCUUGUUAUUUGGAAUAACCCUAUAAGGAGGGUAGUGGUCCAAAUCCAUCUUUCAACCAUUUGCACAUACAAGCCCUGAAAAAGGUGGCACCUAGGCUUGGGAGAGAACUAGCACCACUCACGUCUAUGGGCUGUGUCUGGUAUUGUAGCAGAGCUCACUUGGAUGGGGCCCAUGGACAGGCCCUUAAAGGGCACGCCCACGGAUCGAUGCGUUCUAUGGCUCCGGCCUACAGUAAGGUUUCACUGCUGUGAAUUGAAUUUUGCGCAAUAACUAUAAGGUAGCGUGUCUAAUUGCACAUGGGGGAAGGUGUGCGUUAACAUGAGCGCCAGGUCCGUAUUUUUAUAUUUUUUUUGUGCCCCAAAAAAUCUGAAAUGAUUUGAAACCUUUGUGCAAUGGAGAAUAAGUUCUCGAAGGUUCGGACGGACGGUCCCCACAAUCCUGGAGGAUGGCGCUCCCCGCCAGUGUCAUGUAUAUAUGUACAGUGUCAUUCUGACGCUCUGCAUGAAUGUAUCAUUUUGCUUUUUUUCUUUUUGUUUUAUCUACCUCGUUUUGUGGCGCCCAUCCUAAAACACAGGAACCGCUUUGUCUUUGAUGCUUUGUCUCGGAGAGGGUCUUCCCUGUUAUCUCGCCUUCCUUUCUGUUCUUCCUGCUGCUCAUCGAACAGAGUCGCAGCCGGAAGCAGACAUCUGUAGAUUAUGGCCUGGGGGGGGGGGGCUUUUUGUACAUGGCAUUUCCUAAACUAACUGCAACACAAGUGUCUCUUACUUACACACUGCUUAGUGACCGUAGCUUUGCCGUCGAUGGCCUGACUGUCUGAGUUUGCCCUUCGACUGGAUUGUCUCAAGGCUCGUUGGUUGCUUUUUUUUUUUUUUUUUUUGCAUAUAGGGCUAUAUAGCGAUUACUAUAAUUGGAGAGAUCAUCGCCUUCCUGUGACAGGGUCUGGUCUUUCUAGGUGUGUCAUGGCCCAAGCUGAAGAUUUUUGUUUUGACCUUGCCUUUCUGUAGUUAAGACAGCUGCUGCCUGAAAAAGAGGAGAGGCGCGUAGGUUUGAUUAAAAAAAAGUUGAUUUUGAAUACGGCUUUUAAUUUGAUUUUGUUAAAUUUUUCGAAGAUUUGGAAAAGGUUCUGCUUCUUUUUUUUUUUUUUUUUGUGUGUGUGCCGCGCAUUUACACUCUGGCAAACAUAUCUAUAGGCCCCAGUUUACCCAUUUACUGGCCUCCACUGGGACGGUAAAUAAAAAAAAAAAUUAUACUGCACAGUAUGUAUAUAGCAGUGUUAACGCACCCUAGCCAAGAAACUGCGCCACACUGGUCAGUGGGCUACAUCUAGUAUUGCAGAUCAUCUUCAUUAAGGGGUAUCUGUCACCAGUUUUGUACCUGUUACAUGUGCGCUUGGCAGCUGAAGGCAUCUGUGUUGGUCCCAUGUUCAUAUGUGCCCGCAUUGCUGAGAAAAAGGAUGC